UUCACUUUAGCCCUAGUCGCCCAGCAUGACGACGCUCGUGGAGACUGGCGAGGAGGAUCCGGUGCUCGCCGUGGCGCGAUUCACAGCUGAUGUCGCGUGGGCCAAAGCUGGCGCUGAUGUCGCGGAGGCUGAGAUCUCCCGCAUUUGCGAGGAGGCUGAGAAUCUGGCCGUGGAGAAUCGGUGGUCGGAGCUUGUGUCGUUGCUCUUGACGUCGUCGGAGAUGGUUUUGAGCAACACUCCCGAGAAAGAUUCCGAGGCUGUGUUCUCUGUGAUAACGAAUCUAGUGUCCAAGGCCAGGAGUCCAGAUGAGGCUCUCGCGAUGGCUGAUCAGAUUGCUUCGAAAGUUACACCGAAUGUAACUGAUAAGCCGGCACUUCGUUUGAGAAUUCUUUUCAACUUAUACAACGUUCUUGACAAUCCGUAUGGACGUUUCCUUACAUUCAAGAGAGCUGUGGAUUUUGCUGUUAAUGGAAAAGUCACAGAGCUGGUGACCCCGUCUUUCAAGCGGAUGGAUGCGUUCUUAAAAGAGUGGAACAUCGCCAAGGCAGAGAAGAGAAAACUGUUUCUUGCCAUCACGAAUAUCUUGAAAGAUGGUAAAAGCUCUGCGAAAGACUCUUUCAGCUUCUUGCUGAAGUACCUGGCUACAUUUUCUGGAGAGGACAAUCAGACCCUUGGAGAAGCGAAGGAGGAAGCUGUGAGAGCAAUCAUUGAGUUUGUGAAAGCACCAGACAUGUUCCAGUGUGACCUGCUAGACAUGGCAGCUGUUUGUCAGCUUGAAAAGGAUUCCAAGUAUGCCCCAGUUUAUCGGCUUCUUGAGAUCUUUUUGACUUCUCGCCUGGAUGCAUAUCUAGAGUUUCAAGCCUCCAAUCCAAAUCUGUUUAAAAACUACGGAUUGGUGCAUGAGGAGUGCAUCACAAAGAUGCGACUUAUGUCACUGGCCGGGCUUGCCUCCAAAGCCUCGCGGGAAAUCCCUUAUGUAACGAUCAAGGAUGCAUUAAAGGUCGGAGAUGAUGAAGUCGAAUAUUGGAUCGUCAAGGGAAUAGCAACGAAGAUGUUGGAUGCAAAAAUGGAUCAAAUGCAUCAACAUGUUGUCAUAAGCCGCUGCACGGAGAGGGUGUUCGGCCCCACGCAAUGGAAAGAGCUCCGGGCGAAGCUGGCGGUUUGGAAGGAAAAUAUUUGGAAUGUGACAAGAAGUGUGGAGAAUGCAAGAGCUACAAACGGUGUACCAGUGGCUCUCCAAGGCCAAGUUGUCCAUUAGACAAGGAGGCGACGUAAAAAGUUUUGGUACAUUUUAUCUUUGACUUUAAAAUGGAAGUGACUAUAGAUUGUGAGCCUCUCCUGUGCAGUCGGUUGCUUUACAGCAUUGCGCUGAUUUGGAUUCCUUCGAUACUGUUGAAAUCCAAUCAAGCGGUGGUGAGAAUGACUGGAUCUGUGUUUUCUAGGUGGGAGAACAAAAAAGGAUUUGGUUUUCUGGGAAACGCACAGCUAGCCGACUUGCUCGGGCAGGUCCCACGUUGGAGGCUAAUGCUCGCUAAAAACAAAGGUCUAGAAGAUGAGCGCGGGGUAUCGAGCUGAUGCUGUCGUAAGACAAACUCGUCAUCUCCUCAAUCCUUGGCGCCAAUGCAAAGCGCCAGCACUGGAGGAGAGAAGUUUGACACAAACACAACACUGCUCAGUUAUGAGGUAGCUUCCCUCCACCCAACCCGGAAUCGCAACGUGUUUCUUCUCUCCAGUUCUUUUUGGUUCUUCCUCCAGAUUUUCCAGCUACAAACAAGCGCAGCAGUCUCGAAUGGUAUCUUACUGACUCAAAGACUUGAUAGCUGCGCAGCCUUUGAUAGUAUUGUUUUAUAAUCUACAAGCUUUGGCAAAUGGAUAAGCUUGUUCAUUAUCUGGAAGCUGAAUUGAAAGAACAUGAAUAGUUUCCUGUC